CCUUCGCCUCACCUGGGCAGGUACCGCUUCCUCCUCGCUUCCUCCUCCUCGCUUCCUCCUCGCCAGUCCCGCACCAGCUGAAGAGUCGUCCCCAAGGGCCCCUAGGCCCUGCUGCCUACUGCUCAGGGAUGCCUGCCCCCUGUGUCUUUGCUCCAGACAUGACCGAGCAGGUGCCCCUGUGGCAUCACUACCUGUUGGCCAUCCAGUCCCGGGAGUCACCCCGUGUCCAGGACUACCAGAGAGCGGAGAACAUCCUGCUCACCGUGCUGGAGCGUGUCCAUGCCUUGGACCCCCGCUUCCUCGUCGACUAUUCUCGAGACCUGGAGGCCUUCCAGUUUGCGCUGCGCUCCUCAGAGGACCCGCUGGAUGUGGCGGUGCCCCUGGGGGUGGAUGCCGAGGUUCUCCUGGUUGAGGAGUCAGAAGCCACUGAGCCAGGGGAUGGCCCUGCAAUCUGUCGCCUGGGUGUCCUCAAGGAAGCAUCUGGCCUGGAGCCAUGGAUGACUGAUGAUGUCUUUAGCAUCUCCUCAGAGAGCAGAGACAAGUGCUGUGGCCACAUUGUACCCAGUAAAGUAUUGUGUGUCCUUAAAGAUCUUCUGGUGGCUGCUAUUGUACACUGCAAGCAUCACAACCUCGUCCCACCAGGUUCCCUGAAUGCUGCUAACCUGAAGGAAGGGCAGCUGCACCUGUCCCUGCUGGUGUCCAGCGGCUGGAGGAAGAUCCGCUUCAACGUUGUGCCUGUGGUGAGGAAGAAGCAUAGGGUGCCUGCCUUGGAGCGGGUCCAGUUGAAGCCUGGAUUCCCCGAGGGCAUCUUGAGAAGAAUUGCCAGCCACGGGGUGGACCUGGUGCCAGCUAAUGCCCAGCACUGGAGGAUCUCCACCGGCUACCUGCUCAGCCGCCUGCUUGGUGCACUAGGCUCCUUCCCUGGUCACCGCCUGGACAGCCUCUCCAUCCUCGACCGGGUGAACCUAGAGAGCUGGCGAGGUGGCAGCCAGAGCCCCGGCCUAACUUUUGACCACUUGAAGACCGUGCUGCUGUGGGCCUCUGUGCUCUUCCCAGCACCCGAGGACUGGACGGAUCUGCAGGGGGCCGUGUACCGUCUGCUGGUGGUGCUGCUCUGCUGCCUGGCUACCAGGAACCUGCCCCACUUCCUGUACCCGGAGCACAACUUGCUGCAGGACAGCGGCCUGGACCUCGGCGUCAUCUACCAACGCGUUGAACACUUCGCCAGUCAGCCUGAGGAGUCCUUACGCAUCCACGUCACCCACCUGGGCCACAGCCGUCCGCCACGCAUUGACAAUGGAGUCAAAGCACUCCUGCAACUCCCUGCCAGUGACCCUACCUACUGGACCACUGCUUACUUUGAUUUUCUGCUUGAUAAGUUCCAGGUCUUUGACAUCCAGGAUAAGGACAGAAUCUCAGCCAUGCAGAACAUCUUCCAGAAGGCCAAGAGCAUGGGAAGUGACCACAGCUGAGCUGGGCGGGCAGGUCCAGCCUCUACCAACCUGCAGAGCUCCCUGGAACUUGUGGGAAGGAAAUGGGGAAUCAGAGAUAUUUCUUUGAGUGACUGGUGGAGGGACUUGGUCCCUAAGGACUCCUGUGCAAGGGAUGGCUGUGAGACUCCAAGUACCUGGCACUGUGGUCUUGAGGCAGCUGCCAUGUUCCAGACUGGGACUGAGGUGGGUGGUUGUUUGCUUCCCAGAGACCCA